GACACACUUCUUGAGAAAUUUCAGCAAAGUGUGUCUUCUCCGAUUUCGCAGACGGUUAGAUCUCAACAAGCGAUUCUCAUCGUCGUGAACCUUCUUCUUUAAUGGCGAUCGAUAACUCUCGUCCUCCUCCGGACGAAAUCUUUUACAAGACGAAGAAGAUUUUGUAUCGUGGACAAAGGUGCAAUAUCAUUCUCCAGGAUAAGAAUGGACCAUGUCCUCUCAUCGCCAUUUGUAAUGUUCUUAUCUUGAAACACGGAAUUAAUCUAGACACUUACAAUUCUCAAGUAUCUGAAGAGGAUUUGGUGAAUCUUGUGAUCGAUGUACUGGAUGAUACAGACGAGUACAUUGAUAUUGGGCUCAUCAGAAAACUUGCUUGUGGGAUAAAUGUCGAUUUGAAAUUCGAGAGGAUUACGGAUUUUGAGUUAACACCUGAGCUAGAUAUAUUUCGUUCACUUAAGAUUCCUUUGUAUCAUGGAUGGCUAGUUGAUCCCACGGAUGUGGAAAUUGUUGCUGCAAUCGGAGGCAGAUCUCGUGAUGAGUUAGAGAUUGCGCUUACUACUUUAGACACACAGACUGUUAGUUCUGUUGAUUUUGCUGCGUCUGCAGAGCAUCUUGGAUUGGGAAAGGGAGAUAUUGAAGAAGAUGAAAUGGUGUCAAAGGCCUUGGCAUUAUCUGAAAUGGAAGCAUCGUUAAAGGGAAGUUUUGAUACUCAGAGAGUUGUGUCUGGGUCGUUAGAUGUAAAUCAGAUCUCUGAGGAUGACACAUUGGUAACUUCUGUGGACAUUGAAGCUGGUUGUGCUACCACCCUUGGCAGUAAUAUCUGUCAGCUGUCCAAAUUUGAUGAUCAGUUUUCUUCUACGGAAUCAGAAGAUUGUGAUGUUGGGAAUAAGACCAAUGUAGGUGAAGAGGUAUCUUCAACGGAAUUGGGAGAUGAGACUUUUGGUAAUGUUGAGACUGAGAAUAGCAGCAAAAUGACUGAUGUGCUGAUCUCUGUGGAGAAGACUAAUCUGGAGUCGACCAAAAAUGAUAUCAUUUCUGAAGCUAUAACUUUGGUUAAUGCAGAUCUUAGUGAAAAAUCCCAGGAUGAUGAUGUCUCCCAGUCAGUUUAUGAAGUCCAGUCUCUUCUUGGACAAAGCUCUCCGGAAGGGAAGGGUACAAAAGGGCUCACGCAAGAAGAGGGUGAAUUGAUCAAAGGAUUCUUUGAAGAAAGUGUCACUCAACUAACUUGGCAUGGGCUCUUUACCUUGGAAGAUGACCUUAAAGAAUGGGAACUUUGUGUCCUGUUCCGCAACAAUCACUUCGCUACCAUGCUGCAGCAUGAAGAAAGACUCUAUACUUUGGUUACCUAUGAAGGCUAUCAGAUGCAGCAAGACUUGGUUUGGGAAAGAUUCAACAAGAUUGAUGGCGAUUCUGCCUUCUUUACUGGUUACUUCACGAAAUUCAUCUUCAAGGAUCAACAGCACGCAAUUAGUAAAACUGAGAAUUCUAUCUCCAGAAUCAAGAGUGAAAACAUGGAUACUACUGAGUUCGAUCGUCUAUUGGCGUUGGAGUUGGAGCAAAAUGACUGGGCUGGAGAAACUGGAUCAGAGGUACCAAUAAUAAGCUACAAGCACAUAUCUUCUUCAUUACAAGAACUGAAAGAAUUCCUAAUAUGGCAAAAUGAACAAUCAUCAUGAAAGCAUGUCCCUUACCACUGAUGUGUUUGUCUUUCUUCUUUCAUCUUCUUAAUAAAGUUAGUUUUUUUUUUUUUGGCUUUACAAAAAGUUUUAGAGCAACCAGCAAACAGAGCUUAUUGGCUUUUGCCAUACUGUUUUGGUCAUAUGUUCCAGAUAUAAAUCAUUUCAAUUGAAAUAGAAACAUUAUCACUGUGUACAAUUUAAUUGUACAUGUUUGAGAAUACUUUUUACUGUGAAAUCACAAGUGAGGUUGAAUCAGUUCUGUUAACAGUUUG